AUGCAGCCUCUACAGACCUACCAGGUUGUCAGACCCUUCAAACUAAGGAAGAGUUUUGCGACCAGAGUUGAAGAAGUGGCCAGCAUUCGAGGGAAAUUCCCAACAAAAAUCCCUGUAAUUGUUGAAAGAUACCAAAGAGAAAAAUACCUCCCACUGUUGGACAAAACAAAGUUUCUUGUACCUCAAGAGUUGACCAUGACGCAGUUUAUAACCAUCAUUAGGAGCCGAAUGGCGCUGAGUAAUACCCAAGCUUUCUACUUGCUAGUAAAUAACAGGAGUUUAGCCAGCAUGUCUCUAACUCUGGCUGAAGUAUACCGAAUUUAUAAAGAUGAAGAUGGUUUUCUGUACAUGACCUAUGCUUCCCAGGAAAUGUUUGGAGGCUUCUUAACUAUUGGCAACUUUAAGGAAUGUCUCCUAAAAACAUAA